AUGGAAGGGAAGACGGGGUUCGAGCGGACCAAUGAGAAGGCGGGGCUCAGCCGGACCAAUGAGAAGGCGGAACUCGAGCGGACCAAUGAGGGGUCGGAGCUCGGGCGGCCCAAUGAGGGGGCGGGGCCCGGGCGGACCAAUGAGCGGUUGGGGCGGCGGAAGGCGGGAGAAUGCGAACCCCCGGCCGGGGCGUCGGGGGCGGGGCCCGCAGCUUUCCGGGCCGGCCCCGCGCAGGCGCAGAAGGGUCCUCUCCCUCCUCCCCCUCCUCCGCUGCUGUCGGCGGCGGCGGCGGGGCUCCUGGCCGGGGAGCGGGGCCGGCUGCUGUCGGUCUACGUGCAGGACUACCUGGAGUGCGUGGAGUCGCUGCCGCUGGACAUGCAGCGGAACGUGUCGGCGCUGCGGGAGAUCGACACCAAGUACCAAGAAGCCCUGAAGGAGAUGGACGACGUGUACGAGAGGUACAAGAAGGAGAGCGAGGCGGGCCAGAAGAAGCGGCUGCAGCAGCACCUGCAGCGCGCGCUCAUCAACAGCCAGGAGCUGGGCGACGAGAAGAUCCAGAUCGUCACGCAGAUGCUGGAGCUGGUGGAGAACCGGGCCCGGCAGAUGGAGGCCCACUCCCAGCGCCUCCGGGACCCCGCCGACCGGGCCGGGCCCGAGCCCGGCCAGCCCGAGCGGGCCUCGCGCCGGCCCCGCCGCCAGCGGCCCGGAGAGCCGGCCCGGCCGGCCGACGGGCCGGACGACGAGGCCGACGGCGGGCCCCCGCCGCCCCCGCCGCCCCCGUCCCGGGAGCGGCGGUCCCGCUCGGCCAAGAAGAAGAAGCGGGCCCGGGCCCGGCCGGAGCGCGAGGCCUCCCCCGUGGAGUUGGCCAUCGACCCCAACGAGCCCACCUACUGCCUGUGCAACCAGGUGUCCUACGGGGAGAUGAUCGGCUGCGACAACGACCAGUGCCCCAUCGAGUGGUUCCACUUCUCCUGCGUGGCCCUCACCUACAAGCCCAAGGGCCGCUGGUACUGCCCCCGCUGCCGGGGCGACAGCGAGAAGACCAUGGACAGGAGCACCGACAAGACGCGGAAGGACCGGCGAUCCAGGUAGUGAACGCUUUCAGGGGCCCCCCUCGUCUUUCACAGUAGACUCCUCCCCGCCGCCCGCGAGGACGUUUCAGGAGGAGCGCAGAAGGCUAUGCAAUAACUUUCUAAGCGCCGGCAUGCCCGGAGUAUUAAAAGUCGCGGUACUUGG